AUGGCAGCAAAAAUAAUGCUCGGUGUGAGGGGCUUCACUGACUCCACAUACAGAUAAGUCAGUGAAAUUGGACGCAGGGGCCAACGGGGGGGAAGAACGAUAAGGUAGCGGAAUUCCCCAGCCAAAAAGACGAACUGAAGAUGUUAAAAAGUAGCUAUAACUUCACAUUUAAGUGCCUGCGUGUUUUUCUUUUAUCACUAUAAACGCGUGACCAUAUGAAAUAAACCAAAGGAUGGUGUAUUUUAUAAUGUUAUGAAAAAUUGUCCUGCAGUGUGGCGCCCUCAUGUGGCAGCUUAAAGUAUGACCAGCACCGCAAAACUUUUAACAUGGCUCCUUAGCAACCAGACGCUCCUGCCUGGACACAGACUGAUGCCAAACAUUGCUGAACUCAGAUGGGCCAAAGAGUUUGUAUUGGAACAAGAAGUCGGCUGGUGUUACGUAAUUCAUCUUGAUAAAGAUGUGUUAUUAUAUCCGCCAUGCAGACUUUAAUUUUACAUAUUAUUUUAAGUUAAUACAGUCUUUUAUGGUACUUAAUUGACGUGAGGUAACAGUUGCAGUGCCUGCGCAUCGUCUUGCUAGGUAGUAGCAUAACUUUAGCAUCAAUGUGUGGCAGCAUUUAGCUUAGCACAGUUUAGUACUUUUGCUCACUAGUCUCAGUUAUUUGCUACAGCUACAUUCGAGCAAGCUAAUUGCCAUGGCUCUUCUUGUAAUUUUCCAGCACUAUUAAUAGAAUAAAGCAUUGACUGUGCUCUGCAUUAGCAAAUAAAGUGUUUCAGGAUAGAGACGAUAUGAUACACAGUGGGAAACAAAAGCACCGCGGUGAUGAGGUGGUGGUCAAAGAACUGUGCAUGGUCAAUGGAGUGUCCUAUGAAAAAAUUGCACAAGAAGGAAGCAACAUCAGCUCCCUGGAGAUCUUCUUUUCUGGUUUUCCUCGCAUGGUUGGCCUUUCUUUCUUCCCAAGGCUCCGUCAGCUUACUAUAGUGGGCCAGAACAUAAAAUGCAUUGAGGGUCUUGAAAGCUGUCCUCUGCUGCAAGAGCUCUGGGUUGUCCAGUGCCAUCUGACAGGAAUAUCUGGACUACAAAACUGUGUACAGCUAGAGAAACUCUACCUUUAUGAUAAUCAAAUCUCUGAAAUAAAGAAUUUAGAAUUGCAGAUCGACCUAGAGGUCCUAUGGCUCAACAAUAACUGCAUCAGUCACAUACAGGGCUUGAACACACUUCAAAACCUCAAAGAACUAAACCUUGCUGACAACAUAAUUGAAAAGAUUGGCCAUAGCCUUGAUCCUAAUGUCAGCCUUCAGAGUCUUAAUCUGUCCGGGAACAAGAUCAGCUCCUUUAAGGAGCUGACCCUGCUUGCCUGCUUACCCCAUCUGAGAGUACUAGCACUAAAGGACCCCACGUCCACCCCAAACCCAGUGUGUCUGCUGUGUAACUAUGCCACACACGUUCUUUACCACAUGCCAGGCCUCCAGUGCCUCGACACCUACGAUGUCUCAAGCAAGCAAGUCAAGGAAGCAGCUGAGUCCACAGUAAUGAAGAAAAUGAUGUACUACAACAUGCGUGUACGUGCUGCUCAAAGGAACCUGGCAGCGACCCGGUUCAAUCUGAUAGAGAGGAAGAAGACUUUGUUACAGUUACCUGAAGAAUGUAUCAGGACCCUCAGUCAUGCCCUCAAAAAUCUUGAACGUGAACUCUCCAAGGUCCAGGCUGGGUGUAAGAUGUCCGCUUCCACAUUGGAGGAUGAACCAGGUGGGCGGACCCAGCUGGUGGAAGGUUCAUCCGACAGAUGUGAUCCACCUGACAUCAGCCGUGAUCCAGCCAUGGAGGCCAAAAUACUCACCAAGAUGGAAGCACUGAGGGAGAGGCUGACGCUGUGGAUGAGGCGGCUUGAUGAGAUUGAAGCCUGUUACGAGCGGGAUUUGGCCCAAGCCACAAACAUGAUGGAAUAUACAGUCCAGUUUCUGUUGAUGGAGCUAGAGAGUGUUGGAAAUAUUCGUUUGGAGGAGGGCUGCUCCACAGACCCAUGGUUUACUUCCUGUUGCGACCUCCUGCUUUCCCGCUUCUCUCAAUCAGACUACAGGGUUCACGGUAUCACUGGCAUAAAGAUCAAUAGAGUUAUCCGCAUCUACAACAGUGCUUUGAGGCUUCGCUUUGAGGACAAACUUCAUAGCCUUCUAGCCAGCGAAGACACUGUUAUCUUUUCACAGAAUUACAGACGUCGACUGGAGCACUUGUUCUACAUUACUGACCCUGAAAAAUUCAGUGAGAGGGCAGAAAUUUUGUGCAUUCUGGAGGAGGGCUUUAAAACUGCUGAACAAUAUAAGGCCUUGGGAAGAGAGAGUGCCAUACCUUUAUCCAACAGCCUGAGUGUGACCGAACAGCCCAGAAUGGAACACACUCUGCGUCAGGCCAGCCAACGUGAUUCUAAGCACAGUAUGGAUACAGUCCCAUUCAGGCACGGUCAGAUUAUUAUCUCCAAAGUGUUCGUGGGUCAUAGCAUGCCAAUCCGAGAGGGAGAACCAGUGGACAGAAGCAGCCAUCCCAGACUCUGCUCUGUAUAUCGCAACAUGGACACUAAGCACAAAACUGCAAUGAGUGAAGAGAGACCUCACUCCUCCAAAACACACACUGGUCCUGAGUGCAGCCCCAGACGAAGACAGUGGUUUGUGUUUGACCAUGAACUAGUCUUGCCUGAGUACAUCAUAUAUUUUGAAUACAUAACUGGGAACAGCCUCCAUCGCCAGGAAGUAGCGCAGGCAGAGAUGAAGCUCCUUCCAACGAUAUCAUCCUGGACAAGGAAGUUCCUCAAUAUGGAACCUGUGCUGAAAGCUCAGCCCAAGCUGUUGAGCUUGGAUGACAAAAUUUUGCUUAAUGUGGCCAGAGCCAAUGUACUGAGUCAGAUUACUGUACUGAACCUUCAUGGCAACAGUCUGAGCAAGAUAAAAGAGAUCUCCCGCCUUACAGCUCUGCGGCAUCUUACCAUCAGCUUCAAUGAGUUCACACGCCUUGAUGACAUUUCUCACAUGCCCAAUCUUGAGUUUUUGGAUGCAAGCUAUAACCACCUGGUGACCCUAGAAGGGCUGAGGGGUUUGGGACAACUGAGACAGCUCGAUGUGCGCUGGAAUAAGUUGACCAAGGCCAGAGAAGAUACAGCAGUGCUAAGAAAACAUACACCUGCAAUUCUGAAGCUUGACACCCGAUAUAACCCCUGGAACAGGCCCGAGGCAGUCAGAAUGACCAUACUGGGACGUCUAACGACACUCACACACCUGGAUGAUGUGAUGGUAACAGAAGAGGAAGCUGCCGAUGCUGUUCACACAGCUACUGGGUCCAAAAUUAACCAGGCAUCUCUCCUGGCUCACUCACGCACCAACUGUGAUCGUCCCCGCAGUCUCAGCCUGCUGUCAACAGCCCAGCUCCAAUGUCUUCUCAGCCCAGCACCCUGGAGGCUCAGCGCAGAGCUGGAGCCAGACUGGACUGCAAAGAUCACAGCCCUGAACCUUGACAGCCAGAGGAUUUCUAGGCUAAUCAAUCUGAAUAAGUUGGUGAACUUGCGCUGGGCCUCCUUUAAUGACAAUGAAAUCUCUAAAGUGGAAGGACUGGACAGCUGCUUGAAGCUGGAAGAACUUUCUCUGAACAACAACAGCAUCAGCACAAUCAGUGGCCUGUCAAAGCUACAUUGUCUAAAUAAACUGAGUGUAGAUGGGAAUCAGCUUUCUAGUCUGGAUGCUUCAGUCCUUGAUCAGCUGCCCAACUUGUGCUUUCUGUCUGUGGAGAACAACUGUAUCAGUUCCCUGCACGGCAUCCAGAGGAUUCGCUCCCUUCUUGAACUCUACAUCGGCGACAACCAGAUUUCUACAUCACGAGACAUCUACUAUCUAAAGGGACUGACAAACCUCAUUAUUCUGGAUCUUUAUGGGAAUCCUUUAGUGGAGAAGCUGGAAAACUAUCGGAUAUAUGUCGUGUUCCACCUGCCCUCCCUGAAAGCCCUGGAUGGGACUGCAGUCGAAGUAACUGAGUGUGAGAGUGCAAAGGAUAUGUUUGGAGGAAGACUAACCACUGACAUGGUAGCAGAGAAGCUGGGCCACUCUAACUACAUGGACAUCACCUACCUCACCCUGCAGUCCUGCUCUAUUAGGAUGGUCGAUCUGUCUCCAGCAGACCUGUUCAGUAGCCUGCGUAGUGUCAACUUAGACCACAAUAACCUCACCUCUUUCUCUGGCCUCAUUUACCUGCCGAACAUCAAAGCUCUGUGUCUCAACUAUAAUCACAUUGAGUCCAUCCUGCCCAGGCAGAAGACUCAGGCUCAUCUGACAAACAGACAAAUACUCUACAGCAAAGUCCACUCCAGUGGUUACGGUCAACAGAGCUCAUCCAAAGGCAACAGGGACACUGGUCCCACUGGCAGCUUGGAGCCACUGAUGGGCAGCCUGGAGGUGCUGCAUUUGAGUCACAAUGGCAUCUCCAAUAUGGCCAAUCUGCAGCUCAGCAGGCUCACCAAUCUUAAAGCCCUCUUCCUUCAAGGUAAUGAGAUCAGCCAGGUGGAAGGACUGGAGGGGCUUCACCAGCUCAGAGAGCUUGUGUUAGACAAGAACCGGAUCAAAGCUCUGUCUGAGAACUCUUUCAUAGCCCAGAGCAUCCUACUUGAACUGCACCUCGCAGAGAACCGGAUCCGGGAGCUCAACCAUCUCGAUCCUCUGACUGAGCUCCGCAAGCUCUUUCUUGGCAUGAACAAGCUGCAGGACAUCACAGAGCUUGACAAACUAGAAGUUCUUCCUUCGCUGACAGAGCUCUCAGUUGUUGGAAAUCCUGUGGCCCGCAAUUCUCUCCACAGACCAGCAGUAGUGCUUCAUCUGUCCCGGUUGCAGGUCCUAGAUGGAGUGAUGGUCACUCUGGAGGAAAAGACCAGGGCCGAACUCCUCAGUAGUGAUCCAUCACCAUGCUCCCAGUGUCCUGGAGCUUCUCUUCCUACCACUGAAAUAAACCUACCUGGACUGCUGCCUCUCAUGUCCCGAAACACCCCUCUAAGAGGAAUGAGUACAAGUGGAGGACUGCAGAACUUUAUGCAUGGGCAUGAUAUCCUGUCAAGUAACAUGGACGAAGCCCAGUCUCAUUAUACAUACAAGCACAAGAAGCACAAGCACGGUAACACCACUCGAAGCGGCCAGACUGACAUUACCUUCAGACACAUCCGAAGAACAGGAAGCAACCUGCCAACCACAGGUCUCCUGUCUGAUGGGAACAGAGUCAUCAUCACAUAUCACAACCAGGAACAAGACAACAGAUACCCAAAUGGUGGUAAACCUCCACACAUGUAGCAGCCAGAAGAGGUGGAGUAUACACUGAUCAAUCAGCACACAAUGAAUACCUAUGAACACCUGUGAUAACCAUGACUGUGGUGUGAUGAUAUGCAUUAGCAUUAUUACACCCUUGCAUAGCAUAAAGGGCAAAUUAUAGCUUUAUAGUGGUGUUUUUAUAAGUUUGCCUUCAUGUCUUCGAGCAUUUACAUACUGUUAUACUUUGUUUGAACAUGGCAAUAGUUUAAACUAAAACAGCUUUUGGUUUAAAGAAAAUUAGGCUAUUUGAAAGGGGAAUGUAGUGCAUCCCUUUCAAACGCAUUUAUAAUGACUGAUUUUAUUUUCUAUCCACAUAUGUGGAUCACUAACUGUGGUAAUCUGAGGAUGAGAGGUUUUGGUGUCAUUUCUACCACUAUCCCAUCUUUGGCCCCAAACAAGUGAAAAAAAAAAAAAACACCCACAGAUGUAAGGGUGUGUGAGGCUGGCAUGCCGCGUCCAUCGGGUCAAAUGCAUCCCCAACAAGUGGAUAAUCCAGCUUUAGCACACCUCUCUGUGGACAAUAAUCUGCAGUUACUCAGAUAAAGAUGUAAUCUUGAAUGAGGUCCAAAUGGAUUUCAGAGACUGUCGGUUUCAUCGUGUUAGCCUCUUUUCAGAGAGCUCACCACAGUUUUUCCUCUAAUAGGCAAAUCUCGUGUGUUGUAACUGGAAAAGAACCUACUCCACUUGAUAUUUAUGAUGUUAGUUCUGAUAAACAUGAGAAUAUAAUCCUCCCUUUCCUCCCGUCAGUUUAGCCUAGUAGUCCUGUAGUUACCAGAAACACAGUUUAUUAUGUCAUCCAAAACAUUUUCAUUCUGGGACUGAUGACUGUAUGAUGAAAACAUCCAUAUGAAAAGAUUCAGACAGGGCAUCUAUUACCAUUCAUCAACCUAGACAUACAUAUUAUGUUGCAGACAAAGAUGCAGACCUCUGUUAUAUGCCUGAACAGUGUCUUGUAAAGUUAAAUUAUUGUUUUAUUUUACUUACAAUCUGUGCUUUCUCAUAACAUGAACUCCUUAGAAAGGACACAUCAUAUAACAGAGGUGAGACCUGGUUUCAGGGAAGAUGUGGCCUUUGUCCUCAGUUGUAAAUGAAACAGCAUCACAAACAACAUUUUUUUAUAUUCCGUGCUCCAACCUCAGCUUCACAGUUUAUGCAUUUGUGCUGUUAGUGCGACCACUAGGUGUCCUUAGAACUCCAUUAGCUCCCCCUUUACGACACUGCAGAUCAGUCCUCAAUGAAUUUACCUUCAGCCCUGUACUGUAGGUAGUCAUUUAUCAGUGUAUGCUUCAGAUUUGUGUUUUUUUGACCGCGACAUAGCCUUUGCUGAACAUGCGAGAGGCAGCAGCCGGUUCUAGGCACCAAAAGUGAAAAGCUCCCCAAACAAGCUCCUCUAAUGCAUGUACUUAACUUCACUUAAUUUGUGUUAAUUCCCAGCAUUAAGCGGGGCUAAUGACUGUGCAAGUGAGUGCACUGUCAUUACCAUGCUCUGCCUGACAUCAAAUGGCAGCUGAUGGACUCACACUAAAAAAAAGCUCUAAUGCACAGAUUUGGGGGCUCAGUGCGAGUACUCUAGUGCAUUAGGUAUUGCAAAGGAUAAUUACACAUUUUAUAUUUGUGUACAGGAUUUUCAGUAUGGAUAUGUUAUGAGGUAUAACGGGUUUUGAUGCAGUUGUAUUUUCUGUGUGUGGUGUAAGCUUAUGGUGAGCAUACCACUUCAUACAGUACGUUUCUUUUUGCAUAUCUGUCAGUAUUUUUAACAUUAAAAUGACAUUAGCAUAAAGAUUGUGAAUAAUUCAUCAGUUCUGAGUGAACCCAGAUGCACUGCCCCUCUCCAUCUAUCUCUCUCUCUCUCUCUCUCUCCCUCCCCGCUUCCUCCAUGUGAGUCGACCACAUGGUUCGUAGCUGGUUUAAUGGGAUGGAAUGUGACAGGUUAUGUUUUCAUCUGCCUGAUAUGGAGCCCGGCUCGGGCGGGAGGGAGACAGAGAGACAGACAGACAGAGAGAGAGAGAGAGGGAUGGAGAGAGUGAUGGAGAGGGGAAGCGAGUUGGUCUCCACAGUUGUAUUCUGGAUUCAUUAUUUGACAUGUUUGUGCUUGUUGUGAAUCAGUUAUAGAUGAUGCCCCUCCCCAUCCCCACCAACACACACACACAGAAAAACACAUGCUCUGUAUGGGGCCAUUACUGCUGGUCCACUAACUCCCUACAUUUGCUGUGUCUGUGCAUUCAGAGCACCAUUAGUCCAAGACUCUGUGAAUAAUUGCUGAAUGGACCAUGUUUUCACUGCUAUCUACUCAGGUUCUAGUGUUGGGGGUUGAUGUGGGGGGUGAAGUGAGAGGGAUGAAGUCACUGAUUGAUGUUUGAUGCAGGAGAUAACACUGCAUCUUGUGCAAUUUUUAUCAAAGCAUUAUGUACACAGUAUGCGCAAUGUAUGAACACCAUUACACUCCACAUGCAUUACACAUUUACCAGCUUAUAUUAACUUUAGAAGUGCUUUGGUAGAGCUUACAAUCACAUCAACAUCAUCACUUGACUUGGAAUUGAUGUCGUAAAAAUUAAAUGUUCUCUCUACUUUUGGCUGCUGAUGGCAACCAACUGCUUGUCAUCAUCAAAAUAUAAAUUAUUUUGUUUUCGAAAGGUACAUAUUAUGUCCCAAGUUCAUUUUUCAUCCCCACAAAUACAUCCUCUAUUCAAAAACAAUCUUGCCAUAUUGCUUCUCUUGAAAUCUGCCAUUAUCGUUGUUGCUUGUCAUUUUCCUGUAAUUUGUUUCCUGUGAGGUUCCCUAGAAUAAAGAGCGAAUGGAGAGAGAGUGAAAAUACAGAUAAAAGAAUGGAGUGAGAGUGACAAUUAGAAUGAAAAGGAAAAUGCUUUUAUUUUGUGUAGACAUUUUGGUGAGAGCACGCCUCGCAGAAGCAUUAAAUCUUAACUGCUAUUCA